AUUGCGUUGUCAGGUGAAGACGGUAGAUGCACGCAUUCUGACAUCGAUUUCGUUCCUCUUUCACGAUACUCUAUGAGUACACAAGGCAUGACGAGAUAAGGAAGGCACACCGAGCACACCAAGAUGGGAAGCUUGGGAGGACACCUGCUCCCGGGUGGGUUCUUCUUCGUAUUUGCACUCUGGUGGACGUGGAACAUACUGGUGAAAUGGCAUCGAAGCCGGAAAUCCCCAUCUUUACCCUUCGUCUCCUCCACCCACUUUCCCUUAUACUGGAGAGGGCGAAGGAUCGCUCUGGAACCCUGGCUCAAGAUCAUCCUCAUCGUCAUCGCCAUCUCCGCGGAGAUCAUCACGGGAUUCGAUGAGGAAUGGAGAUUUGCUCACUUGGGGAAUGCGCAGCACGUGACCAUGUUCUCGUUUUUCCUCUUCAAUGCCUUUGUCGAGCUCCUAGUCGAGUUCGGACAACCUUUGCCGCCAAACCUGGAUUAUGCCACGGCCGUUCUCGCCUUCAUCGGCGAAGGGGUGCUAUUUUCCAGCCAUCUUCAUGGACGCAGCCCCAUGGACGUCCAGGUCCAUACGUUGCUGGCGUUGGACAUCUGGGCGUGCGCCUUGGUCGGUCUUUUGGAGAUGAUUGCAAGACGCAGCGCCCUGGCGGCCUUGACACGGGCCUAUUUCGUCUUGAUCCAAGGAACCUGGUUCUGUCAGGUCGGAUUCAUCCUCUAUCCCCCCGUUGGUGAGAAAUGGAAUCUAGACGACCACGGUCAAAUGAUGAUCGUCGCCAUCCUCUACGCCUGGCAUCACAUCCUCGUCGCCGUCGGCAUAAUCAUCCUCAACUCCUUCGUCGCCUAUCGGUUCCGAAUCGGCGCCAAAGCCCUUCGUCAUUACGACAAGGUCCGUUCCUUCUCGAUUCUAUCCAAGCGCACGGACCAGAAUGGAAACCCGGGAGGAUCAGAAGCGGAAUGCAUGUCCAGUUUGCUAAAUACUGAUUUCUCCAGCGAGGAACUCUCCCUAGAAAAAAUAUCUCACGCCUGACAUUCAAACAAAGAUUAGAAUUUGGAUUUGACACGAAAUGUGUCUCAUGCACAACAUGAUUUUGCUUUUGGUGAUUGAGCAACGGUGACAAAUUAUUUAUCUCGUGUGAUAUAUAUUUUAAUAAGUCAUAAAUAGUUGAAGGCACG